AUAUAUGAACGAAAAGAAGCGGCUCUUUUUUCCUUGCAUCUGGUUGAAAGCGGACACCCGCCGUCGGAUUUCAUUUAUGCGGCAGUCACGCUUCCCUCAUUUGUAUUUAAGGCUCCACCAUCCUGCUGCGGUUCACAAAAAAAAAGACCUCCCACUUUAUUGUUGUAUGCCUCCGGCAAGUGACAUGGCCACACCUGAAAAUACAUCUUCCAAACCGAGACCCAGACGACCUGUGGUUCGACCGCAAGCCAAGCCUGUUCGAAAUGUAGGUGAUGUGCGUACAUCGGAACUCACCCAGCUGAAGCGACGAUAUCAGUCCUCAGUUCGCAUAGCCAGCGACAAUGAAGACGAAACGGUUUUGCGAUUAGCCAUUCGUCCGUCCGAUCCUGAUUUUCCUUUCGAGCUGGAAGCGCUAAAAGUUCAGAUUCAUAUUCCCAAAAGUUACCCGGACCAGCAUUGUACUAUUACUGUCAUGAAUACGGAUAUACCCAAAGGAUUUGCUGUAAAUCUCGAAAAAGGUUACGCUAAUCACGUCGCUACCAUGAACCGAGAAACACAUGCCACGCUUGUGAGGCAGAUGGACUGGCUUGAUCGACAUAUGGAACGUUUGCUCCAACAACCUCCCGCAGCCACUGUCCGCUUUGUUUCUCAUGCGAAAUCAAUCACCGACACCCAAGCUGCGCCCCCUUUGCCUGCCGAUUUUGUGGCCCAUGUUGUCUCCUCUUCCAAACCCCAACAUGCGCAGCCAAAGGAUACAACUACGCCUCCUCCUCCUCCUCCUCCGACGGCGGCCGAAACUCCGUCUACUGCGGCAUCCGCCGUCCCUGUUACACCGCCUGUCAAGGAAUUACCCGUAUUCACGGCAGAAGAACGUCAACACGCGGAAAAACAGCGAGAACGAGAAUUGCGCCAGUUGCAAACUCGUUUCCAAGAUUCAUAUCGAACCAUCAAAGAUGAUAAAGAGCGAACGGUCAUUCAGCUAUCGAUAUUGCUAAGCAAGGAAUCCAAUGAACAAACGGUCGAAGGUCAUCUGCGAUACACGGUGCCAAAAUUAUAUCCUUUAAUGCCAUGUCAGAUCGAUAUUGAAACGCGAGCAUUAACUGAUGCCCAAGCAAAUCUCGUUGCCAAGGCAUUUGCGGAGCAUGUGCAAAAUAAUAAGGCAACCUUGUUUGAGAAACUCAACUGGCUAAAUCAACGUUGGGAAGCGCUUUCUAUUCCGCCGUCCACGAAAGAGAUUGUGAAAAAAUCUGGUGCAUCGUCAAGUCGUCCAUUAAAGCCGACAACAAGUGAAUCUGCCGAAACAGCGGCUCCAUCAAAAAAGGCAACGACAACCUCUAUUUUUGACGCCUUGUCCAACGAUACCAAGAAAAAUCGGGUGGUAAUUGUCAAUGAUCCUAGUCUUUUAUUACCACCGGGUGUACCCUCCAAUGAUGUGGCGACCGCUAGCUUGGAUGAACAGAACGAGGCGAAAGGAAAAGAAAAGGAGACAGCACCAGCAACGGAAUCCGGUGAUGAUGCAGCUCCAUCCGAACAACCAAAUACACUUGCGCUUUCGGCGCCGAAUGUGCGAAAGGGUACGGAAAUCCGAUUGUUGCAGCCAAGAUUUGAAAAUGUAUCUUUAUUCCGAUGCACGGUACUUCGGCUUAUGGUGAAAUGUGCUCGUUGUAAGAAUGCCAUGGAAAUUGAGAAUAUCGUUCCUGAAACGACGGAACAAGUGGCAGGCAGCAGCAGCAGUCAAGCGAAAAAACCAGCCAAGAAAGAACGAUGGACCACAUGCAAUACCUGCUCGUCGAUUGUUGGCGUGAAAUUCUGGGGUGAAUUGGUGCAUGAAAAUUCGACGUGCUUGGGAUUGUUGCAACUGGCGGGAUGUACUGCUUUUGAUCUACUUCCUUCAUCGUAUAUCGGGACUUGCAGUGCUUGUAUGGAAGAUAUGCAAAAUGCGGUGAGAUUAGGACCUGGCAUGCAACCGUUUUCCAUGCAUUGUUUUGCUUGCCACGCAAAGAUGACCAUGGGCCUGGGCAACUUUGAGUUCUUCAACAUCAAUGCUGGAGGUGAACGACUGCGAUUGGAUGCUCAGCAAAUGAUGAAAUUGAAGAACAGUGUCGGUGGAGAUCUGACGCCGGACGAAGCUCAGCUCGCAAAAUUACGGAACAAGAAGAAUAAGCACAAGGAAGAUUUCUUGACGGUGGGUGAACCGUUGCCUAAUCAGGGGACCUGUCGUCAUUUUGGCAAAUCCAAACGAUGGUUUCGAUUUCCUUGCUGUGGUAAAUUGUAUGCAUGCGGUCUAUGCCACGACGAACAAGAGGAUCAUCCCCACGAACUGGCGAAAAGACACGUGUGUGGUCUGUGCUCCCGAGAACAAGCCAUUACCUCGCAGCCGGCGGUAUGUGCCUGUGGCCACGAGUUCGACAAGGUCAAAACCAGUGGCAUGUUUUGGGAAGGCGGUCAGGGGACACGCAAUCGAGUACUGAUGAGCCGAAAGGAUCCUCAUAAACGCAAGGGCGCUCACAAGACGGAAUCCAAGAAACACGAACGAGUAGGAUUGACAGGCAAAGAAAAUCGGGAACGCAAACUAGAACAAAGGAAACAGUAGACGAAUAGAAAACAUGUCCUGUUACGGGAAUUGUAAUAUUUAUUGGUAAAAAGGCAAACGAAAAAAAAAAAAGAAUAGACAAUAUGGAUGGUAAGGGAUCGUCAGGGUUCAAGGGGAUGGCGUUACUUAUUGAAAGUAGCAGCAAAAACCCUAUUUUGAAUGUCUGGCUGGGUUCCUAUCGGUCAUUUUUUAUUUUUUGGCAGAAG